ACGCCCACGGCCGCCCGAUCUUUAACGGGCCUCAUGGCCCCCACGCUCCAUCAGCCCCCCUUCUCUCCUCGGCCCCUCCUCUCUCAUCUGCUCCGCUAACACUUCCCCCUCCUUCGUCUCAGCCAAUGAAUGUGCAAGGUCUGCAACCUCCGCUCUUGCAGGCUCCAGCUGCGGCUUCCUCCAACGCAAUCGCUCCGGUAGCCUCAACUGCGAUCGUCCCAUACCAGCCACCUCGCGGGGCUUUCGGCGGAACGAAUGGUCGGGGAUGGAACAGACCAAGGGACGUAGGAUCGGAAGGCGAGGCUAUGAUGAUCUUACGGGAGCUAUGGAACGAUCGGUGCGAAGAGACAGAACAACGACGGGAAAAAGAGGAUCAGCGAAACAUAGAGGAGCAAGCAAGGUUGGCACGGGAAGAAGACGAGCGACGUGCCAAGGCUGAAGAAAAGAAGGAAGUAGAGCAGGAUGCGAGAAUGACACGGCUCGUUAGGAAGCAAAUGGAGGAGAUGGAGGCGAAGAAGAAAGGCGCCUCCGGUGCACAUGGCAGGGGGGGGAUUGGUGCGAACACCGUUCCCGUCACGAAUCCCGUACCACCGCCCGCUUCCCCAUCCUCUCCAUCAGCGGCCUCUGGCGUGUUUGGCCAAUCAACGGCGGACACAGCCUUGCAUCAUGCGGAGGGAUGGGGGGACCUUCCGCAAGGUCUGCCUGCGCUAAAUGGUGGUUGGGGGGGCGAUCCGACGCGCGGUCCCAUCGGCUGGGCGGAAAUAUCCGCCACGUAUUCGCACUUCCUUGCAUGGACAUUCCCGCCUCCGCCAAAUGGUCACCUGUUGUCGCCUCCCACAAGCGACGAUGAAGGCGGAGGGGGUGACGAUGGCGACGAUGUCGAAGGGGGAUGGGUUGAAGAUGGUGGCGAUGAGGAGAGGGGAGGGGCUGCAAAUGGCGGCGAUGAGGAAGGGGGAGGUGGUGAAGAUGGAGGAGACGAGGAAGGAGGUGCAAUUUUGGAGGCGGUUUAGUUUGUAGGUUGUCGGGAUUUUAAUACUUCAUUUUUUAAAAGAAUUGUAUUUUUUCGGAUCUCGUCUUCAAUAAAGAGUAGUAAAGAAU